AUGUUCGGCACGGACAACACGAACGUUGGUGAGCAGCAACCAUUCAAAAUUAAUGCACUCAUUCAUGUUCCUCCAUCAUGUGCCAAUACCAUCAAGAAUCAUCCACUUCUCCGUAGUUAUGUUUUACUUCAAUUAAUGGAACAAUCGGAGAGUGGGCAGGUGGUCUUUACACAUUUCCAUCAUGUCAUUCCGACAACCAUCUCCCUUCAACAGAAUAUAUUACAAGUGGAACUCUCUUUUACAAGUCUUUUAUCAUUCUCAUCCAAUUCCUCAUCAAAGAGUGGGGAGCAACCACAGGACCUCACCUCUUCUUCCUUUCAAUACUUAUUUCCGUAUCGGAUCGGGAUGGAUUCUCCCAUCAUUUUCAAUUUCAAAGUAGCAACACAAGAGAUGGCAGAUAAUUCUCGUUUGGCCAACUCACAAGAACUAGCGAUAAUGAAUUCAUCAAAAACAACCUCCACUCGACGAAAAUACAAAUGUGGAGGCUUGAAAAAAGAAUAUGAUUUGCUUAAAAAAACCCUUAAACAAAUGAUUGAUUUGGGAGAAAAUAAUGUCAGUGCUGGAGUUUUGGUUCAUGGUUUGUCUGGAACUGGCAAGGAUUUACUUGUAAAUACAGUUUUUCAGGAUUUAUUUGUAGAGGCAUCGUCUAGUAAGGCCUGUUCGCAGGGACAAGAUGAAUAUGACGGCAAUGCUAGUGACACGGAAGAAAAUUAUCAACUCAAUAUCACUAGUCUCCAUGCUUCAAUGUUCACAAGUAAGGUCUACGGCCAAAACGAGGCCAAAAUGAGACAAUUCUUCCAGAAUCCAAACCAAUUUGGUCACACUCACUCUAUUUAUUCAUACAAGUUUAUUAUUUUACAAGAUUUAGACCAAUUAGCACCCUCGAAUCAAUUGAUUCAGGAUAGCUCUAUAGCAUCAAAAGGAGGAAAAAGGCUGGUGAGCACUCUAUUGCACGCUCUAGAUGAUUGCCCAAAAAAGAGAAUAAUAGUUAUUGGUAUUACUAACCAAUUUUCAAAGAUCGAUGCCUCCAUAAAACGAUCUGGUAGGCUUGACCAAGCUGUGAUCGAGUGCCCCAUUCCUGGUGAGGCAGAACGAGCAGAUAUUUUGAGAGUAAUUUUUGAGCAAUGCAAUAUUGAGAUACAAGAGGAUUUAAUUUCCAAAGUGGCAAGUGUCACACAUGGUUUUGUUGGUUCUGAUUUGAAAUCCUUAUGUAAUGAAGCCAUACUUCAACAUUUCAUGAAAGGAGAAAAUAUAUUGUCAAAUGAAAACAAUGGUGGGAAUGAUGAAACGACUACAAGCAAUACUCCCCCAACUUUGAGCCUGAAUUAUGACUUGUUUGAGAAUGCCUUAGUGCAUGUAAGACCUAGUGCCAUUCGACAUAUUCUUGUGGAGGUUCCCAAAGUUUACUGGAAUGACAUUGGAGGACAAGAUAAUGUCAAGCAAGCUCUCAAAGAGUCGAUUGAAUGGCCUUUCAAAUAUGCAGAACAUUUCAAGAGAAUGAAGAUACGAGCUCCUAGAGGUGUGCUGCUUUAUGGCCCACCUGGAUGUUCAAAAACAUUGCAAGCAAAAGCAUUGGCAACAGAAGCCAAACUGAACUUUUUGGCUGUGAGAGGUCCUGAAUUGUUUAGCAAGUGGGUCGGUGAGAGUGAACGAGCAGUUCAACAAAUAUUUGCAAAGGCCAGACAAGCCGCACCAAGUAUCAUCUUUUUUGAUGAAAUUGAUGGUCUCGGUGUUGAGAGAGGUAGUGGAGGAAAUUCUGUAGGUGAUCGAGUACUUUCACAACUUCUUCAAGAAUUAGAUGGAAUUGAUCCACUUCAAGGGGUGACUGUCAUUGCGGCCACUAAUAGGCCAGAUUUACUCGAUAAGGCUCUAUUAAGACCUGGUCGAAUUGAUCGAAUGCUCUAUGUGGCACCACCAGAUGCUUCUGCCAGAAAAGAAAUUAUGAACAUUCAAUUGAAACGAAUGAGUCAUAAUAUUACCCCUGAACAAAUUGAACAAAUUGUAAAUUGCACAGAAAACUACAGCGGAGCAGAAAUGACAGCUCUCUGCAGGGAGGCAGCUUACUUGGCACUACAGGAAAACAUUCAUGCAGAAUAUGUGGAAUUUAAACAUUUUGAAGCUGCCAGAAAAACCAUUCUUCCACGAAUCACUCAAGAAAUGCUUGAUUUUUAUAAGGAAUUUGCUAAUAAGAAUAGAGCGGACUAG